UGAACCAGUAUCUCGGAAGCUGAGAGCAGCGCUAUGAGUCACGGUGUUUCUGAUCACUUUUAACGAUGGUUUUUCGAUAGAAGAGAAAACUCUUAUUGUUCUAAUUAACAAACAAAUAGGGAAAAUUCAUUUUAACCAGAGAGGAAGCAUGACUACAGCAUCGAGCCUGCAUCUUAUGAAAUCAGCAGAUCUGAUCAAGAAAGAGCCGCUGGAUUAUGGAGGUUUUGGGGAAGUUUAUCUGUGCGAUCACAAAACACUGGGCCAUGUGGUCCUGAAGACUGUAUACACCGGCCCCCCUCGCAAUGGGCGACAGAAGCAAUCUCUCCUGGAAGAGGGCAGUCUGAUGAGCCGGUUAAACCAUCAGCGAGUAGUCAAGCUGCUGGGGAUUAUUCUGGACGAUGGUGAAUAUUCUUUAGUCAUGGAGCUCAUUCAUAAAGGCAAUCUACGCAACCUCCUGGAGAAGGUGAUCGUUCCAGUGUCGGUGAAAGGAAGAAUCAUUGCGGAGAUCUUGGAGGGAAUGGUUUAUCUCACAGACAACCAAGUUAUUCACAAAGAUCUGAAACCAGAGAACAUCCUGGUGGACAAGCAUUUCCAUAUAAAAAUCGCUGACCUCGGUCUGGCCACAUCCGAUACGUGGAGCAAACUGACAAAGGAGGAGUCUCGCCGACAGAGUCGUCUGGGGAAGAAGACCUGUAUUCAUGCUGCCGGUACUCUGUGCUACAUGGCACCAGAGCAUCUCAAAAGCAUCCACACACGCUCCACUGAGAAAUCUGACGUCUUCAGCUUUGCCAUUGUAGUUUGGGUCAUCCUCACAGGUCUCGAGCCAUAUGAACAUGCCAGAAGCGAAGACCAAAUCUGUCGUUGCGUGUGUGAGGGUGAUCGGCCCAGUGAAGAACAAAUCCCAAGUGGCACACCUGAAGAAAUCAUACACCUUAUGAAGGCAUGCUGGCAUCAUGACCCUAAUAAACGACCCCCAUUUAAAGAUGCCUAUGCAACAUUUUUGCCUUUUUACAAAGAGAAGCUGGAAGCAAAUGUUGAAGAUGAUUUGCAGAGUCUGAAAUUGUAUGAGGGUCCAGAGGAGCUGGUAGAAAAGAUGAAAUCUCUCUCAACUUCAGAGCCUCACACUCCUGAAGCAAGUGAAUGUGGAUUUAGGCUGUCAGUCCCUAACAUUUUGCCUAACAUCUCAUUUUGUGUUCCACGGAAGAAAGAAAGUCAUGCGGGCUUGGAACAACAUGAGGUUGUUGUGUCAGCAGACUCUUCUCCAUCUUCAAGAGACUCUCCAGCACCAUUAAGGAGUUCAGAUACUGGACCAGUGGAGGCCAGCAUUGAAGACCUCAGUCCUUCUGGAGCUUUUGUCCUGGAGUGUGACGCGGCCCCUCCCAGCUUUCCGAACUUGGAGCUGAAACUGGCACAAGAGUUGAACUACCACAAGUUUGGAAGUCGUAUAGAUCAGCUGGACCUAACGCCAAACAGCAUUUUCAAUCCACUCCCACAGCAGCCAGCCAGUAGCAGAUUGUCUGGAGACGUUUCUUCUGUGAAGUCCUGGACUAAGCCAGAUUUGUUUCCACACCCAGAAGAGGACCUGCAUCUGAGGGCUGCUACUGCUGCAGGUGCAUUUGAUGCUUUUUACAGGCCUGAAUAUGCAAGCCAGAUGUCAGGGAUGCAUUCAGAGUAUAACAGGGUCCAACAUCAGUAUCCACUGUAUGAUCGUUUCAAGUCCUGUCCUGAAGGUGGAUUAACCGAGUCACUCAUGCUGGAUUCAAAUGCUGGUCUGCGUUAUAACUCACCAGUCAUAUGUCCUCCGUCAGACUCCGGACCACCUGUGUACAUCUCAAAUGCUAGUGCGAUUCAGAUCGGAAGUAACAACACAAUGAAUCUGCGAGGUUCUGAAAACAGCUUUAACAGGUCAUUAUCCACUGGAUCCUCCAACAAAGCCAGAUAUAAUGAACUCCUGCUGAAGUAUGACGACCAUACGGUCACUGAAAGUCACCUGGAGGUUGUGCGUCAGAACAUUGGUAGCAACUGGAAGCAAGUUGCUCGUAAACUGGGCCUGACCGACAUAGAUGUGGACACUAUUGAGCAUGACUAUGACCGUGACGGGUUGGCAGAGAAGGUGCACCAGAUGCUGGAGCGCUGGAAGAUGAGGGAAGGGCUACUGGGCAUCACUGUGGGUACACUGUGCCGGGCACUGGAUGGCUGCAUCAAAUCUGAAGUGCUCAUGCAGCUAUUGCUGAAGUCUCAGAAUGCUACAGUCUCCUAAAACUGCACUCUCUGGGGGUGUCAUAAUAAAGUAGUGUGCUCAGGGCAAAUUAAUUGCUGGAGAGUAGAGCCAGACAGUCAGAUAAAGGGUGCAUUAUAAACCAUUACUGCCUCUAUAACUCUCCAAAACCAAGGUUAAAUUCUGAACUCUCACAAAGCUGUGCAGCAUUCAAAUUCUGUGUUGACAGAAUAACACCAAAUAUCCAUCACUAUUAUCCAAAGAGUGCACGUUUUCUGGGAAUUAUGUAUUUUUGAACAGUACAGCAUAGUGAUUAAUGAAAGAUUCUGUAUAAUACUAGAUUUACACAUGGCACCAAAGGCAUCUUUUUGCCUUGUCAUUUGUAUUUGUAAUAAAUUCCUACAAAUAUAUAUAUAUAUAUAUAUAUAUAUAUAUAUAUAUAUAUAUAUAUAUAUAUAUAUAUAUAUACACAUUCUUUUAUAAUGUAAUCAACCUGCAUUAAAAUAAUUUUUCUAAUAUGAAAUGAUGUCUACAUGUGACGUUCCUGUUCUACUCACUCCAUACGGAACUGGAACCAGCGUCUCCCACAUGGGAGGCAGGUGCGCUAACAAGGAGGCUAAAGCCCCUGGCUUCAGUCGCUAGUGCAGCUCUUGAGGUUUAUACACAUUGCACAGCUAUCUAUCAGCUGGCUUCCAUUACAAAUAUUCCUUAGUUAUACAAAGUUGAAGAUUAUUUCCUUCUUUUGGUUUGUUUGUUUAUUCAGCUUUGCAAAAGCUUCCUUUCAAUGUAGGUAUGCUUUAGCAAAAAAAAAAACAAACAAAAAAAUAUUCAGUUAUGAAUCAGAAAUUGAAUAUGUUGGAAAUUGAAAAAAAAUGUUCAUCUCCAUUAUUAAAAACAACCUUUUUGUUGUUGUUGUUCUUUUGAUUUUAUGCUGAAGUUAAAAAUAGGAAAUGAGAAAAAAAAAUGUAUCCGUGUAUGGUCUGUGUACUUUUGCGUCCAUUCUUUUUUCUUUUUUUAACCCAAAAAUGAAAAAUUUGUUUUUUUCUUUAUUGGUUUUAACACUUACAAAUAAAAUAAGCAGAUACUAACUAA